AUGUUUCUAUUCCCCUCGAAAUUCCCGUUGCUUGAUACAGCCGGUGCUGGAAGCGGUUGUGUGAAUGAGUUCUUCUGUCCGAGUGCCAGUCAAAUUUUGCUGAUUAUAAUCGCAAUUGGUGUACUCACCGGUCUCACGGCUCUGCUCGGUCUCCUCUUCACUCGUGGCCUCCACCUCAGUCAACGAUUCGCCCGUCGAACGCACGUUCGCCUGCCGAGUCAAAUGCCGUCGACUGGCCGGCUUCAUCGCCACCAGACACGUUCGAGACAGCAGCCUCCAGCUCAGCACAAACACCAGCCUCCUGGGUCCUUUGGUCCGAGUCCCGGCAGCCAGGGCUUGCGGGUGGUCGGGGCUAGUGGCUACCAGGCCACUGAGGCCUACAGCAGCGAUGAGCCCGAGGCGGUGGAGGGGGGCGGCGAGGCGGAAGAGGAGGAAGAGGAGGAAGAAGAGGAGGAAGAGGGCGAGGAGGAGGAGGAGGAAGGGGAGGAGAGAGAAGCUGCGCUGACUGGCAAGUCCGAGCUUGAGUCCGACCCCAAAACCGGCCUCUGGUUGCCCACCUUCCGAGUCUGUGCCUCGCCGCCCGAUCACCAGACCUGCCCAGCCGGUCCACCGCCACAGACCAGGCUCUCGGGCGACCUGGUCGACCUGGUCGGACUCACCCGAAAACCGCCCGUUCAGCCCAUCUCCCAGCCGUAUCCAUGGCUACAGUUGCAGCUGACGGCACGGCAGCCAGGCUGCAGUGGUUCGAGCCUCGGACCGUCUGUUCCGCCUCCAGGCUACCUGUCUGGUGGCCUCGGUCCCUUGCAGACCUGUCUCUUUCGACUGCCCGGCCCGCCGGGUCCCCUCCGAUUCGCCGGUCUGCCAGUACCACCGCCGGUACCAUCUCUGCCCGCUGGCCUCCAAGGCCUGCUCGGCCCAUGCUCGGCCGGAGCUGCGAGGGCCAGACUCUUUGAUCACUUGUCGCCCCCCAGCCCCUCGUUUGUCCAACUCCUUCCCACCAACCGCCCACUCAGCCAGCCGCCGAUCGGAGCCCAACUACAGCUGCCCAGCCGGCUGCUGCUUCCAUCAGCCGGCCGUCUCGACGCAUCCGACGCGGCCAGAUCGGCCCAAACGUCCGGUCUGUACCAGUCGCAUCUGCCCGGCGGCAUCGGCUUGUCCGAGUCUGUAGUCGAGACUGGCCAACGGCCGCGACGGCUCUAUCUGAGGUCGGCUUCGGAGGUGUUCGAGCUGCGAUCGCCGUCAGCACCGAUGACCACAUGCACUCCGGCAGACAUGAGGACUGUACUUGCGUCCAACACCAACACUGCCACCAACCCUCAGACGAUGAACAAGAAGCGGCACCCUUUGGUUGUCUACUUGACAACGCCACGUAAUCGGGCCAGUCCAGACGGUCGGAACGAGGGUGACACGAUCUGUAGAACUUGGUGCCUGUCGACUGACCGACCGAGACCGGGCGACCAGUGCCGACAACCCGCCAGCCUACAGACGAGUCGAGAGGAUGCUGGACUGGUGGACAUGACAACGGGACUGGAGAAGAGGCCUGUGCUGAUGGAGAUGAGUGGACAUGUGCCAGAACUUCGACCCUCCAGACUGGGCGCUGAGGCCGGGCCAAGUCUGUCUGUCCACUCCGUCGGACUGCUCAAUCUGCCCGGCGGCCCAAGCAGGCAUGCGUCUUGUGACGACGACAGGAGCCUCCUCAAGACUCAAACGCUGGGCAAAACGGUGCCGAGACGAAGUGGACUACCACGACCAAAGAGCCUCCUGGCAGUGGCGAAGAGCAUGACUCUUGGCCGGGUCGGGAUGACCAAUGAUGCGGAGACUGGCGAUGAUACUUGUGAGGCUGUACAACGGUCUUCAAUUCAAUGGCCGGCGCAGUUUUUGCUACCCACCGGCCAACUGUUGGAGGCACCAAGGCCAGGCUUGACGACAAAUUGCCUACUUGUACAACGUGUCCUACGGCCCGGACAUUUGGCGCAUCAAAUGCCGACGCAGACACAACUGCAACAACACCGGUGGCAGCAACAGUCACAGUCUCCACCAUCCUGCGACAACCUUUGCAGAAGAUACACGCCAAUGGAGGAGGGGGCUAACGAGAGAGACGAGAAUGGCCUCAGAAAGGAGAGUAAGGCGGACGAAUGCAGAACCAGGUGA